AUGGCCCGCAGCAACCUCACGAAGCUCUCUGGCGCGGCUGCCCGCACGCUCCGCGCCUCGUCGCAGGCCCGUCUGGCCAUCCCACGCCGCUCUGCCCUCCUCCUCCUCGCCCCCAAGCCGGCCGUCUCUGUAGUUCCGGCCCGGAAGCUCUUCACGACGUCGUCCGUCGCUGCCCGCGGCAUCAUGCCCGAUACCGACGAUCCCAAGGUCAAGGAGACGCCCAAGGACGAGGUCAAAAUGAAUAUCGUUGAGCUCACAGAUGCCGAGUACCACGAGCUCUCAGACGCUCACCUGGAGACCAUCCUCACACAGCUUGAGGAGCUUGCUGAUGCCCGCGAGGGAAUCGAUGUCGAGUAUUCUGCUGGUGUUCUCACCGUCACAUUUCCCGACGCCGGCACCUACGUGAUCAACAAGCAACCCCCCAACAAGCAGAUCUGGCUCUCGUCGCCCAUCUCGGGCCCUAAGCGCUACGACUGGGUCAUCGUCGGCGACUCGCAGAACGAAAAGGAGGGCACCGCCGCUGGCGCCUGGGUCUACGCCCGCGACGGCAGCACCCUCGACGACCUCUUCCUGAAGGAGCUCGAUAUCGACCUUAGUAUAGCCCCGUCGACCUACGGUGAGGAUCAGUCGUAG